AUGGCAUCUCCUCCUAGAAAUCCUAUUCCAGCCGCCGUCGGUGAUGUCCACAACGAUGCUGCAGCACCUGAUCCAGCAGAUCCGAAUAUGGCCAUCAUCGUUCGUCCUGUCAAGCUUGAAGCUAUGCCGAUCAGCUUUAUUGAGCCCGGAGACGAGAUGAAUCCGAUUGACCCAGACAACUUCCAGAACGUAGGGGAAGACAUUCUCCCAGCAGAGGCGGCAGAGGUUGAAGAAGAGGCAGCAGAGUCGGUCGCACUGCAGUUAGGCCAAACCCACCAAGAGGCCUUCAUUUGGUUGAUGAAGAAUAUGAUGAUGAAGAAGGAGAUCCUACUUUUGCAGAACCAAGCCCAAGCUCUCUCCUCAAGCUCCACCGAUUCAUCUUCCAAAGACUCACCUCCACCAGCAUCAACUCAGGGGGAGACAUUUCAGUCCAACAUGGCAGCAACUCCCUCUCAACAUCCUGUUUCCGAAGAUGUUGCUGCACAUGUUCCUGAAAAUGCUGCUGCACCUACUGUCUCAGACAAUGCUUCUCAAAAUGUUGCUGAGGAUGCUGCUCCUUAUCAAGAUGAGGAAAUGCCAGACCUUUCUGGGAUGUCCUUUGCUGAGCAUGUAGAUAUCACCACUGCUGAUGCCGAGGACUUUGCCACCACAGAAGAAACCUCACUUCCUACACCCUCAGCUCCAAAUGAAGAUCCUCUGGAAACUCUGGCAGAGGCAGUUGUUCAAGUGGAUGCACCACCUUCCCAGGCUGAAGAGGAAAAGAAAAGUGAUGACAAGUCAGACAGUGAUUCUUCCGAGGACUCAUCUCAGAUGGAAGAAGAUGCUGCUCCACCUGUUGCAUCACCUGAGCCAACAUACAUCCCAGAUGAACUUGAAGACUCAGAAGAAGAUGAAUCCCCUGAGGAAGAAGAGCUAGACUUGGAUGUGAAGGAUCUGUCAACUCCUAUUGAGUUCAUAUCACCUAUCAUCAGUGCAUGGUGGAAAUGCUUCAGAGAGCACUUUCUGAUCAAAAAGGGGGAGAACAAGCUGGUCAUGAAGUUGAAGCAGGGUGAAGGAGCAGAGGAAAGUAGUGGAUCCAGGGGAGUUCAAGCAAUGACUCAAGGGGAGUUAAGCUAA